CAGCACCGCACGGAAUGAGCCGAGAUGUCGUCCCACAGGGUGAAGUGACCCUUCGGCGGCAGCGCUGAAAAGCAAUUUCAUUUCAAUGUUAAUGACCAUGCAGCCUGCAAUUCAAGUAUGGUUUGGAGAAGACCUGCCUCUGAGUCCGCGGAGCCCUCUGACCCCCAGGCACGGGCCAGGCUUGGCCGAUGUUUGUCAGUACGAUGAGUGGAUAGCUGUAAGGCACAAAGCCACCCUGUUGCCCAUGCAAGAAGACCUGUCAAUCUGGUUAUCUGGUUUAUUAGGUAUUGAAAUUAAGGCAGAAAGAUUAUUGGAAGAACUUGAUAAUGGGGUACUGUUAUGCCAGCUGAUUGAUGUUCUUCAAAACAUGGUGAAAACAUGCAACUCUGAAGAACCAGAGAAUUUUCCAAUGAGAAAAGUGCCCUGUAAGAAAGACGCUGCCUCAGGUUCGUUCUUCGCUAGAGACAAUACUGCGAACUUCCUUCACUGGUGUAGGCACAUUGGAGUUGAUGAGACUUAUCUCUUUGAAUCUGAAGGUUUAGUUUUGCACAAAGAUCCAAGACAGGUGUAUCUUUGUCUUCUUGAAAUUGGUCGAAUUGUUUCAAGAUAUGGGGUUGAGCCACCAGUAUUAGUAAAACUUGAGAAAGAAAUUGAGCUAGAAGAGACCUUACUUAAUACUUCGGGGCCCGAAGAUUCCAUCAGCGUCCCAAAAUCAUGCUGUCAACAUGAAGAGCUGCAUGAAGCUGUUACACAUAUUGCUGAAGACCCUCCUUGUAGUUGUUCUCAUCGAUUUUCUAUUGAAUACUUAUCUGAAGGACGGUACCGACUAGGAGAUAAAAUACUCUUUAUAAGAAUGCUUCAUGGAAAACAUGUCAUGGUCCGUGUUGGUGGAGGCUGGGAUACUCUUCAAGGAUUUUUGCUAAAAUAUGACCCCUGUCGAAUAUUACAGUUUGCCACACUAGAACAAAAAAUACUAGCCUUUCAAAAAGGAGUUUCGAAUGAAAGUGUGCCUGAUUCGCCUGCCAGAACACCUCAGCCUCCUGAAAUGAAUCCAAUGUCAGCAGUUAACAUGUUUCAGAAAGAAAACGAAAAAUCGAAACCGGGCCCUCCAGUUGGGAUUACAAGGAGCAAAGAAAAACAGGCACAUCCGCCAGGUGUGAUGCUGCCAGCAUCUUCCCUGAAGGGAGGCAACCUGGGCUCCGUGUCAGUCCGUUCUAAAACGCCGAGCUCUCCAGCAGUAUCUUCUCAUCUCAAACUCAAGUCUUUGAAAGGCAUGGCAAAGAAACCACCGGCUCCUUCAAACAGUGCAUCACCUUCACUUGCUUCUUUAAAUUUAGGAGGUGAAAACACUUCACCAGCCUUAUCAAGAACUGCACCUUGUGUAUCAGAGUCAUUAAAAAAAUGUAUCUCAUCACCCAAUACUCCGAAGGCCAAGUUUAUUCCAGCCCAGAAAUCAAGAGGUGUGCCUCAGUCUUCAUGUUUGCCAAGUAAGUGUUCUGGAAAAACCGAACCAAAGCAUUUGAAACAUAAUCAUGUAUCUUUCAGGGAUAAUGCAGUAUAUCGUUCAGCUGCACAUUUAAACUCAUCAUCAAAGUGUCCAAAGCUACCUACACCUUCUCCUUCUGACCAGUCCCCUGCAAAAAUGACUAAAUCCAGUUCCAAAACCAUAACCACAGGCCUAGGGACACGGUCUCAGCCAUCUGACGGAGCCCCACAAGGAGAGGCAGUGCCCGCACAGAAGCUUAAGUCAGCCUUGAACUUAAACCAGCCACUUCCUGUAUCCUCAGUUGCUCCUGCAAAAGCACAGGAAUCAAAAGAUAAGAAUAUAGUUUCAGUUGCCAAAAAGCAGCCUCAGAACAUAGGUACGUCCCAGAAGACAGGAAUCAGCUCCUCCAAGUCCCCUGGUCGUACCCCACUGUCCCUCAUGAGCCUCCCCCAGUCUUCUGCCAAAACGCACAUGGUAUCAAAGGCAGCUCAGACGGCCACUAGGAGCCAGUGUUCAGCCAGAGCGCCUCCGAAGAAAAGUGGCAAAGCCCCAGUUUCAACCAGGAAACCACCCUCCUCUGGCAAGGAAGCCGUUAGUGGAGAUAAAAAACCUACUGCAAAGAAAAAGGAAGAUGAUGACCAUUAUUUUGUUAUGACUGGAAGUAAGAAACCUAGAAAAUAAACAAAAAUGGGUCAUUUUAAGAAAACAGAAAAGAAAGAGAGUGAAUGUGUUAGUUUCACAUCUUAAAAGGUUUUAUUUGUGUUUGUCCAAAUAGGUUAGACAUUGAGUAUAAU